GCGACGGCGGCGGCGAUGGCGACCACCUCCCGGCGCGGCCCCGGCGGCGGGGCCCGGCCGAUGGACGACGAGAACCUGACCUUCGAGACCUCGGCGGGGGUGGAGGUCGUGGGCAGCUUCGACGCCAUGGGCAUCCGCGACGAGCUGCUCCGCGGCAUCUACGGCUACGGCUUCGAGAAGCCCUCGGCCAUCCAGCAGCGCGCCGUGCUCCCCAUCAUCACGGGCCGCGACGUCAUCGCGCAGGCCCAGUCCGGCACCGGCAAGACCUCCAUGAUCUCCCUCUCCGUCUGCCAGAUCGUCGACACCUCCGUCCGCGAGGUGCAAGCAUUGAUACUGUCGCCGACUAGAGAGCUUGCAACGCAGACCGAGAGAGUGAUGCAGGCUGUUGGCCAGUUCAUGAGUGUGGAUGUCCAUGCUUGUGUCGGUGGCAAAAGUAUCGGCGAGGAUAUUAGGAAGCUUGAGGCUGGAGUGCAGGUUGUGUCCGGAACACCGGGCAGAGUCUGUGAUAUGAUCAAGAGGAGGACCUUGCGCACAAGGGCCAUCAAGAUCCUGAUUCUGGAUGAAGCCGAUGAGAUGUUGAGCAGAGGUUUUAAGGACCAGAUAUAUGAUGUCUACAGAUAUCUCCCCCCAGAACUUCAGGUUGUUUUGAUCUCUGCAACUCUGCCCCAUGACAUAUUGGAGAUUACUAGCAAGUUCAUGACUGAUCCAGUCAGGAUCCUUGUGAAGCGUGAUGAGUUGACCCUAGAGGGAAUCAAACAAUUUUUUGUUGCUGUGGAGAAGGAGGAAUGGAAGUUUGAUACCCUAUGCGAUCUUUAUGAUACAUUGACAAUCACCCAAGCUGUCAUUUUCUGCAAUACUAAGCGAAAGGUGGAUUGGCUUACCGAAAGAAUGCGCACCAACAAUUUCACGGUAUCAGCCAUGCAUGGUGACAUGCCUCAGAAGGAAAGGGAUGCCAUUAUGAAUGAGUUCAGGGGUGGUUCAACCCGUGUUUUAAUCACAACAGAUGUUUGGGCUCGAGGACUGGAUGUUCAGCAGGUCUCUCUUGUCAUUAAUUAUGAUCUCCCUAAUAAUCGUGAGCUCUACAUCCAUCGUAUUGGUCGUUCUGGGCGUUUUGGACGGAAGGGUGUGGCGAUCAACUUUGUGCGCAAGGAUGACAUCCGUAUCCUGAGAGACAUCGAGCAGUACUACAGCACACAGAUCGACGAGAUGCCGAUGAACGUUGCUGAUCUGAUCUGAGCUUUCAGGAAAGAAAGAGGAACAGAUUCAAUAAGGCCUGUGAUGCACCCAGUUAAGUUCAGUAUCAGAGGAGAGUUGGUGAAACAAGCUCUCCUUUAGCGUCAUUAAGUAUGAUGUCCACGAGAAGCUUGCGAAUUUCAUGGUCCAUGGCCUUCAAAAUGUUUGAGAACCUGUUUGGAUUGGGCAACCAGAUGUCCGCUGCUGUCAGAUUUGAGAGAUGAUUCAAAAUUUUGACAUUAGUUUUGAAUUGUAAUAUGUAGUAACGAUGCUCUUAGAGACACUGGAUCAAAAUUGUUGAAUUGCUUUACCAAGAAAGUGCUUUUCUAUUGCUGUGUAAGCCAGUUAUCGUCUGAUGGUACUAUGUAAAACUGAAAGUAAUGCAAAAUUUGUAUCUGGGUCUGAUGAUGUAUGUCGUUCUUCUUGAGUUAAAUACAGUACUCGUCCUUGUUUGAUAUGAAAGAAAACAGGCAGCCGUGUAUGUUGGUGCACUUCAAUUGGGUGGCAAA